AUGGGAAGCUCGUGCACGAAGGACUCCACAAAGGAGCCCGAGAAGCGUACCGAUAACAUCGAUACAACCACUGGAAGCAACAAGAAGGACGGUGGCCACGACCACCACCAGAGGACGGAUGGCGAUGGGGAGAAGAACGACCACGAUGGCGAGAAAGCCGAUGGGGAUGCGGGCAAGCACGACGACGACCACCACCAGAAGACGGAUGGCGAUGGGGAGAAGAACGACCACGAUGGCGAGAAAGCCGAUGGGGAUGCGGGCAAGCACGACGACGACCACCACCAGAAGACGGAUGGCGAUGGGGAGAAGAACGACCACGAUGGCGAGAAAGCCGAUGGGGAUGCGGGCAAGCACGACGACGACCACCACCAGAAGACGGAUGGCGAUGGGGAGAAGAACGACCACGAUGGCGAGAAAGCCGAUGGGGAUGCGGGCAAGCACGACGACGACGACCACCACCAGAAGACGGAUGGCGAUGGGGAGAAGAACGACCACGAUGGCGAGAAAGCCGAUGGGGAUGCGGGCAACAACGAGGGUGAACACCACGUGGGUGAGGGGGGUGACGGCGACGGGGCUGGUAAUGGUAAUCACCCGAAGGAGGACACUGCCGCCAACUAG